CUCCAUUCUCCUUAGAUCUAGUCAUUUACACAUAGGUAUAGGUACUAAACUCAUAUAUACAUUUUAAAACCACUGGGAACUGCAACUAGGCAAGAUGGCAGAUCAAGAAGGACAACGGAAAUUCGUCUUGGGACGCUGUUGUAAGUUCCACUGGCGAGGGAUUAUCACAGUAAUCAUACCUGCACUCACAAUGCCGAUUCUUGUACUUGGUUUCCUGAACAACAAGGCCGAGUACAAGUGCUUGUGGCUCAUUGUCACCAUGGCCCUGAUGUGGAUUACUGAAGCCCUACCGAUAUAUGUCACCGCAUUGAUCCCCCUUGUCUUUUGUCCGCUACUUGGUCUUGUGAAUGCCGAUAAGCUCUGCCAACAGUACUUCAGCGAAACCAUAGUGGUAUUCCUAGGUGGGCUUAUUGUGGCCUUGGGAAUUGAGUACUGCAAUCUACACACGAGAAUUGCCCUGAGAGUUAUUCGGAUUAUCGGUGGAAGUCCUAGGCGUUUAUUUGUAGGCAUUAUGAUUGUUAGUGUGUUUAUGGGAUUGUGGAUAUCCAACUCUGCCGGAACGGCUAUGAUGUGUCCCAUUGUUAAAGCGCUGAUCACAGAAUUGAGUGCCAACAACAUAUUUCCCGUUUAUAUGACGCAAGAAGAAGAACCAGUAGAGGAGGGAGAACCACCGCAUCCCUCCAAGAUAACGAUAGCCUUCUACGCUGGCAUAGCCUACGCCAACACAAUUGGGGGACUGGGAACCCUGAUUGGUACAGGAACGAAUCUGGUCUUUAGAGGCAUAUACACGGACCGGUUUCCCACUUCCACGGUGGAGAUUACAUUUGCCAACUUCAUGUUGUACUCGAUCCCCUUGAUGGUGAUUGUAAACAUUACGCUGGUUAUCUUUUCUUUUCUCAUAACACACAUGGGCCUGUUUCGACCAAAUAGUAAGACUGGAAAAAUCAUUUCGGAGGCCAACAAAAACAGGAAACUAAUGGAAGAUGUUUUGCGCCAGCGCCAUAUUGAUUUGGGCCCAAUGAACUGUCAUGAAAUUCAAAUGGCCAUCGCCUUUGGUUCUAUGAUAGUGCUUCUAAUUACCCGCAAACCGGGCUUCUUUCCGGGCUGGAGUGAUUUGAUUGAUAGAAAGGUAGUGGGAAGUUCAGCUGGACUGUUCAUUAUUGUUCUACUGAUUUUUGCGUUGCCCACCCAAUACACGUUCUUUAAGUACUGCUGCGGUAAAGGUCCGUUUACCGCCCAGGCUAUAGAUGCGAUAUUGUCUUGGGAUUAUGUCUUACGUAACAUUCCCUGGGGCCUAGCGUUUCUUCUGGGUGGUGGCUUUGCCUUGGCCGAGGCCAGCCGACAAAGUGGACUUAACAUAAUGAUCGCCAAGGCCAUGCAAGUCCUCCACGGAUUGCCGAGUAUGGUGUUGCAGUUGAUUACGCUUGUAUUGUCCAAUUUUUUCUCGACUUUCAACGCCAACGUUGUUGUGGCAAACAUUGUUCUACCAGUUUUAUGCGAAAUGGCCCUUGCCCUGGAAAUGCAUCCUUUAAUUUUAACUCUGCCAGCUUGUUUGGCAAUUAGCAUGUGCUACUUUUUACCCGUGAGCACGCCCCCAAAUGCUAUUGCUACCCAAUAUGCACAUAUUAAGACCAAAUACUUUGCGUGUUGCGGUAUAGGGCCCACCUUUAUCGGGCUUUUCGUGUCUAUGCUGAACACGAAUACAUGGGGAAUGCUAAUUUUUCCAGAAUCGAGUAGCUUUCCAGAUUGGGCCGCGGAAAUUAAGAAUAAAACAAACAUUUAAUGAUGGA